GGCCACGACUUUCUGUUACGGGAAACCUACCACAAUGUUGGCGGCCUCGAAAUCGCGAGUGGUCGCAUCGCUCGCGUCCUCUCGCCCUCUCCUCAAUCAUGGCCCAUGGCGGCAUCUAGGGUUCCUCCGGUCCGUCUCCUCCUCGCCGGCGCCCGGCACCCCAAAUCCGGGGUCCUUGGAGCUGAAGGAGGUCGAGAAGAUCCUCGGCGACGUGAAGGCGGACGAUGUGAGGGUGAUAUCGGUGCGGGACCAGUGCGAUUGGACGGAUUACAUGGUCGUCGCCACCGGCCGAUCCUCCUGGCACGUCCGCAACAUUGCCCAAGCCCUAAUUCACAAGGUAAAACAAAAGCAAAAAGGCGCUGAACGAUUAGUGCUUCCGAGUGUCGAAGGCCACGAAGGAGGAAAGUGGAUUGUGAUUGAUUCUGGUAAUGUUAUAGUUCAUGCACUUGAGGAGAAGGCUAGAGCAUAUUAUAAUCUCGAAAGUCUCUGGACAACAGAGAUGACCCCAAAGGGACCUAACCUGGAUUUGGAGAAAUCCCUGGUGAAGACGCGUCCUAGAAACAAAUCCAAGAAACCAAUGAAGAGCAUUUAGUGAUCAGAUAUGUAUGAUUUUCGUUUGGUAAUAAUCAGAUAUGAUCUGAUCUGUAUGAUUAGUAGAAGUAAGGACAUGUUUUCUGUAGACUACAUAUUUACAUACGUUCUUUUAAGCUGAGACAAGUGUGUGUGUCAAACUUCAAUGCAGAGUUCUGCAAGCAGCAUCCAGUUGAUGUACAAAAGCCCUGUUUAAUUGGUCAAAUAUGGGUACGUUAUGCUCGAGUGUUUCA